AGCCGGUGCGCUUGGUUCUUCUGGUUCUUUUUUUCACAGAGCAUUUAGCUUCUCGUAUCAUAGCGCGUAUAUUUCUAUCUCUACGUAGGUGUCUGGAUCAUCAUGUACAGAAAUGUCUACAAUGCUCUUGAACGGUUUUCGGCGGGAGAAUAUUAUCAUUUAGUGCUUGCGUGUUACAGCGAAGAUGGAUUCCGCGGCAGAGAGUGCCCCGGUUAAGUUCACCGUCGUGGACUACGUGGUGUUCGCCCUGAUGCUGGUGGUGUCCGUGGGCAUCGGCGUGUAUAGCUCCCUUAAGGGCAAAGGGGCGUCCUCCACCCAGGACUUCCUGCUGGGGGGCCGAGACAUGUCUAUGGCGGCCGUAGCCUUGUCUCUGACCGGGGGCGUCAUCUCCGCCAUAGCCAUUCUAGGCCUGGCGACGGAAGUUUACCUCUACGGCACGCAGAUAGUGACAAACAUCUUCGGGUGUGCUCUUGGCGUGUUGCUUGUGAGGAACGUCAUUCUGCCUGUGGUUUACCCCCUGAAGCUUGUGUCCAUAUACCAGUAUAUCGAGGUGAGGUUCCGGUCUCGGCCGCUUCGGAAGUAUGCUUCAACCUGCCAGGUCAUGUCUUCGUGCUUCUACCUGGGGAUCUGCCUGUACGCGCCCUCCCUCGCCCUCUCCUCCGUCACGAACCUCCCCACCUGGGCCUCCGUCAUCAUCAUGGGCAGCAUCUGCACCUUCUAUAUCACAAUUGGCGGCGUAAAGGCCGUGGUGUACACUGACGUCAUUCAAACGAUGCUCAUGUUCUUCGGCGUUCUGGCUGUGGUCAUCCUGUGCUGGACUGACGUGGGCGGCUUCGAUCAGGUGUGGGACAUAGCCGCCCAGGGACAGCGCCUCGAGUUCUUCAACCUGGACACGAGCCCGUACACCCGCCACACCCUGUGGUCGACGACGGUGAUCGGCAUCUUCAUGGUGUUCAGCUUCCUGGGCGUCGCGCAGCCCCCGUACCAGCGCUUCGCCUCGGCCCCGACCCUUGCCCACGCGCAGAGGCUGCCUUUGUUUUUCCUGCUGGGUAUGAUUUUGCUGUGGGGCGUCUUCUACACGUCGGGUCUCGUGGCGUACGCUCUCUACAAGGACUGCGACCCGCUCACCUCAGGCAAGAUCGAGAAGCCGGACCAGAUCAUCCCUUUCAUGGUCACCGAUAAGCUGAGCCACCUGACCGGGGUCGCCGGGCUCUUCGUGGCUGCUGUGUACGGAGGCGUCCUCAGUAUGCGCUCCCUGGGCCAACACCAAAGGCGCAACGGCAGGUUUGUCGGUCUCUCUUGUCUUCAACAUAUGGAUGGUGAUCGGAAGGUACUUCGUGAGUGGCAAAAAGCCAGUGCGUCUCCCGCUGUCCGUUGAGGGCUGUCCCCAGGAGACCGUGGGAGGAGUCCUUCUGAAUGCCACCGUCAGCGCCCUCGCCAACGCCACUCUAACUAUUGCCACGAACACAACCGCAGCCCCAGCAAAAGUGGCUAAAAAUACCAUCUACGAUAUUUCCUAUUGCUUCAACGGCGGCAUCGGAAUCGUACUCAACUACGUAGUCAGCAGUCUCGUGUCUGUGUGCACAGGCCCAUGUUUGCCUGGACAAAUCGAGGAGCGCUUGGUGUACACUCCCUGUCUUCGCUUUUAUCGGACUGUUUACCGGCUGGUUGGAGGGCAAGGGCGCCUGCACGACGAAGCCGGCAAAAAGCCCGAAGACAAGGAGGAGGCAAUGGGAAUGCUGCCGACUCACUGAUUUAGGAGCGGCAAGCAAGCACUUCCUUACAACUAUUAGUUUAAUAAACACAUUUCAUAAAGUUUAUUGUAAUAUGCUUGGUAAUGUAACAACUUUCUCUCCAUGAUUUCUAGGUAAUUAAUAUUUUUUCAGAAAAAAAAAAAACUCACAUUAAUGAGGCCUUUCUUUGAUUACA